AUGUGUCCGAUAUGUGAGCUUCCUCUUUACGCCCAGUCAGCAGCUACAGCUCGGUCAGUGACGCUGGAGAGUUCCCACAGCUACAAUGGCAGUCUUCAGUCACCAGGUGCUCUUCGCAGUGACACGAUCCAGGGGAUCCUAUUUAUUAUCCAAGAGACACGGCUGCUCCUCCCUAGCCUGAGCCACAGAGUCACACUCUUGGCUCGCUCUCUUCACGGCUCGGCCCCCUUGCUCCAGGACAUAAAGCCCGAUGACGGUAAACCUCCUGACGCCGCUGCUCAGGAGUCUCCUGCAAACAAAAAGGAUUCUACUGUUUCACCGUCGCCUCCUGCAGCUGCUCCGGUGCAGGCCGCCACUGCAGCCGCUGUGCCGCCAGCGCAGGAGAGGACUCUGGUCAAAAAGUCUCUGUAUGUCAGAGUCGUGGACGAGCUUAAGCACUACUACAAUGGGUUUCGCUUACUGGGGAUUGACAUCAAUAUCGCUGGACGAAUGGGAUGGAGACUUCUGCACGGACAGCUCCUCACACGCAGGGAGCGGAGGAGGCUCAUGAGGACUUGUGCCGACCUGUUCCGCCUGGUUCCCUUCAUGGUCUUCAUCAUCGUUCCCUUCAUGGAGUUUCUUCUUCCUGUUGUCCUGAAGCUCUUCCCUGAGAUGCUGCCCUCCACCUUCGAGACAGAAUCCAAGAAGGAGGAGAAGCAGAAAAAGGGGUUGGCUGCGAAGCUCGAGCUGGCCAAGUUCCUGCAGGAGACGAUCGCUGAAAUGGCUCGCAGGAACAGGGCCAAAGUCCAGACGCAGGACGAGACCCAACGCUUUUCCACUUAUGUGCAAAAGGUGCGAGGCACAGGGGAGCAGCCCACCACCAGUGACAUCGUGAAGUUUUCAAAGCUGUUUGAGGACGAGCUGACACUGGAGCACCUGGAGCGCCCCCAGCUGGUGGCUCUGUGUAAACUACUGGAGCUGCAACCCAUCGGCACCAACAACUUACUGCGGUUUCAGCUCAUGAUGCAGCUCCGGACGAUCAAGGCCGACGAUGAGAUGAUCGCAGCUGAAGGCGUCGCGGCCAUGAGCGUGUCAGAGCUCCAGGGUGCGUGUCGUAGUCGUGGGAUGAGGUCUCUGGGUCUCACUGAAGACCAGCUCCGGCAGCAGAUGCAGCAGUGGCUGGAUCUUCACCUGAAAGAGAACGUCCCUCCUUCACUUCUGCUGCUGUCCAGAGCCAUGUACCUCACCGACCUCAAACCAAAGGCUCCAGUGAUCCCUCCGGUCGCCAAGCUCGAGAAGUCGCCCCCUCCUGUAGAGAAGACGGAGAAAAACGCCUCUCCGGUCAGUGCGGAGGUGCUCAAAGACCCUGCUCUCAUUAUCAAAGACAGAGCGGUGGAGGAAAUCCGAGAUAAGGCCUCAACUCUUUCUGACAAACCACUCACUCCAGCAGAAGUCCUCCAGGCAAAAGCAGCCACAGAAAUGUCCCACAAGAGCAAGAUGAGUGCAAAUGGUGUUUGA